AUGGCUCAAGUCAAUGGAAAUGCGCCCAAGAUCACGCUUUACACUAAUCAUCGCUGUCCUUGGGCGCAUCGAGCUCAUGUGGUGCUGAAGGAGUUGGGGCUUCCAUAUGAGGAGGUUAUCAUUGAUUUGGGUAAACCAAGGGAGCCGUGGUAUCUUGAGAUCAACCCUCGCGGCCUCGUCCCCGCCAUCAACUUCAAUGGCGAAAUCAUCACAGAGUCCGGCGUCGUCGCAACCUUCCUGGCAGAUGCGUACCCCUCACAUGUUCUCCCCGCAUCUGGCACCCCAGAAGCAGCUCUGACCCGGGCGAGAAUCAGCUUCUUCGUCGAUACCUGGUUUAGCAAGGCGGGGAGCUUCUUCUACAAGAUCCUGAUGUGCGACUCUAAGGAGGAGCAAGCGAAGAUGAGCAAGGAGUUUGUAAAUGUUGUUACCAAGGAGAUCGAGCCGCUACUGAAGGACGCGAAGCCAUUCUUUGGAGGUAGCGAAAAGGUCACGUUGGCUGAGGCUCUGACGGCACCUUUCAUUAUCCGCACAUACGCCAUGGCCAAGCAUGAACUGCUUCCGAAAUCCAUCAUCUCUGACCUCGAUGCACUGCCCAACUUCUCCAAGUGGGCCGCUGAGGUCAACAAGCAGGAAAGUGUGACAUACAUCUGGGACGAAGAGGCGGUUAUCGAUGGGACAAGGAAGAGGAUUGAGAGCCAGAAGGCAGCUUCCAAGUAA